ACAGGGAGAACUUUUUUUAAAGCAAGGGCUCUGCAACUUUCAAGGACGUCGUCUCCCUUUGUAUAGGCUCUCUCGCGAAGAUGCGAAAAGAGAAGUUGUCUCGAGAGAAAGUUUUAAUUCGGAUAGAACUCGCAAAAAUAUAAGAGUGUAUUACAGUAAUAAAGUAACAAUAAUAAAUGAAUUACUUUAUUAUUGUAAUAAUAUAUAUAUAUAUUGUAAUAAUAUAUAAUAUAAAUAAUAAAUGAAUUAAUAUAUCUACACGGUGACGAAAGCUUCGAUAGCAAAUCGUCGAUAAGAUAGAAAACAUUAAUUACCUCCAUUCCGCCACAGUAAUCUCCGCUAUCUCCAUCUAUCAUAGACAACUGAAAAUCCGAAAUAACUUGAACGUAACCACGAGUCAUCGGUACAUACGUACAAUUCAGUUGACAGUUCAUAAUUAAAGAUAAUAACAUCACCGAAAAGUAUGACAACGACAGUUCGAAAAUCCUUCGACGAGAUGCCGGUAAAACCAAACCACUGCUCCGGCGUUUAAAAAAUGGCGGACGCCGCGCCAAGAGUUCGAGCACUUCGGAACACCUGCAAAAAUACCCGCAGAAUGUCGCGCUUUCCGCCGUCAUAAGUUAACCUUGCUUUUAGUUCGCUUCACCCGGUGGAAGAAAUUGAAAAAAAUGGCGAAUGCCUCAACAUGCGGAACAAUAAACGGACCGUGGACAAGCUCGUGACUAACCCGUCGCCAUCAACGAAGUUGCCUCCGCGCCGGAAGUUGGACCGACCAGGUGACUCGAUGUCUUCGCGACUGAUUUCCGCCUGGUUCGACAACGAUGCGCGACUGGUGAACCGCACGAUCAUGAUCCCGAUCCCUCCAGAGGACGCCAAGGUGCUCGGUCUGCGUAUACCCGAUUCGGAAAACUCCUCCUCGCUCGAGUCGAAUUCGUCUUCCUCGAAGAAUUCCACCGUUCCGUCCGGCUCGAGGACCGACGGGAAAUACGCGAAUGAUGCCGGUCGAUCGAGCAGGGUCCUUGGACGGCGUCGAAACGCGGACGUCAAGGCGACGAAGAGGCUUCAGGAUUCGAAGAGGGAAGAAGAAGCGAACGAACGGGAGCAAGCGAUGAAAAAGCUGAACGGUAUUCACGCGAAAUUGAAAAGAGGCUUGAGGAGCAUGUCGUAUAAAAAGACGAACCGGUUGGGCGACUCCGAGGUGCCGAAAGCGCCCGAAUGUUCCGACAAUGUAGGCCCUGCUGCGGCGUUGAAGGGAGGCAACCACCGGCCGGCAAUCGGCAGUAAAUUCAAGAAAAGUCUGUCGAACAGCCGGAAAGACGAGACGCGCGAGGAUAAGAAAGAGUCGAACGCCGCGAAGUCCAUGAGACAAUUGUUCAGCGUGGCCAGCUCGUGGAGCACCGACUCUAUAGUCAGCCACUCGGACAACUGCCCCUGCUGUCAUAGUCGAGAGAUUCGCCGUCCUCGCGGCACUGACGUCGUUCGCGACGCGUGAACGAUCGCUGCUCCCUCUUGCGCGAAACCGUUGCGUCUCGUUGAAGGAGAAUAUCGUCGCGACAAAACGUCGAUGGAAACAUCGAAACUGGCGUUUUUUUUGUGAUAAUAUCGAUCUCGUGUCAAUUGAUUUGUAGCGUAAUUUUAAUAAAAAAAAAGGAAAAGAAAAAAUAUAAUAAUUUAUAAUAAUAUAA